UGCAACUAUUAGUCCAUUCUUGAGUGGGUCCCAUUGGAGUAACAGUAAGUAACCUGCACGCAGGUGACAGGCACGUGAACUGAGAAGGAGGGGCCAGGGCCGCCGGAGUUGCAUAGUAAACAUGUCACUUCUACCGGGGGCCACCAUGUGAAAUUGUGAAAAACUUCUCCACUCCACCACCGCCACCACUGCUAUUCCCUUUCUUCUCUCUCUGCAAAUCUUCUCCUUUCUUCUUUCCUUUUUCCCCCUCUCGCUAGACAGUCUCUCUCAUCCAUUCACUCAUCACCAAUCAUUUUCUUUCUCUUUCUCUUUAAUUCUCUUUAGAUCUCUUCUUGAAAACCCACAUAAAGAAAACGCCAGAAGACAAUCUCCUGCCCCUGAAAAGAUCCAUCCACGUUUCCGAACCCAGAUAGCUUCUUCAACUGUGCACACUGAAGAAGAAGAGAAGAGCACUCUAUCUCUGUUAAAGACAGUAUAUUUUAUUUUCAUGGAAUCAGCAUCGGGAGGAACUGUAGCGCCCGACCCGAAUAGUGGAGAACCGAGUCCAUCAGCAGCAGCAGCAGCAGGAGCAUCGUCGGCAUCGGAAAGGCAAGCAGAGGGAUCAUCUCAAGCUCCGCCGAGCAGGUACGAGUCGCAGAAGAGACGAGACUGGAACACGUUUUUACAAUACUUAAAGAACCACAAACCACCAUUAACUCUAGCCCGCUGCAGUGGUGCACAUGUAAUCGAGUUCUUAAAAUAUUUGGAUCAAUUUGGCAAGACCAAAGUCCACAUAUCGGAUUGUCCAUAUUUCGGGGACCCGAAUCCACCCGCACCCUGCGCUUGUCCUCUCAAGCAGGCCUGGGGUAGUCUCGACGCGCUAAUCGGACGCCUUAGAGCCGCCUAUGAAGAGAACGGUGGAAGACAAGAAUCUAAUCCUUUUGGAGCGAGAGCUGUGAGGAUUUACCUUAGGGAAGUCAAAGAAGGACAAGCCAAAGCCAGAGGAGUACCCUAUGAAAAAAAGAAACGAAAACGGUCUGCUGCGAUUACUGCCAAAGCUGUUCAGGCGAAAGUUUCGGUAUCAGAUAGUCAAGGUGUUGAAACCGGUGGGGGUUCUUCCAAGGGCGGCGGAGUCGGUGAUGGUGGUGGGAAUGGGAUUGGUAAUAGUGGUGGUGAAACUACGAGUACUACCCCAGCUUCUGCUGCUGCCACUACGACAGCCGUAUAGUUUUUUAACCUUUUCUUUUUACUUCAUAAUCUCUUCAUUCCAAAAUCUGUCUUAAAUGUGAUUAUAUAUAAUAUAUACUCUGCCGUUUUUCUUUA